AUGAGCAUCUGGCUGUGCGACUCUCCAAUUGCCCAUUUCCUCAUCAUGGCUUUCUCUGGGACAUCCUCGUCAUGGCUGGCGUCAGCAUUGACUCUGCUUUCUUUCCUUUCUCUCCUUAUCCCCACUAAUGCCCUGUACUUCUACAUGGAGGGCCGGCAAACAAAGUGCUUCUACGAGGAUCUGCCCAAGGACACUCUAGUGGCCGGUCGUUAUGAGACGGAAGUUAUCAACCCCCAGUCUGGCAUCUACGCCAUCGACCACAACCUGAAGCUGCACAUCACCGUCGACGAGACCUUCGACAAUGAUCACCGCGUUGUGUCCAAGCGGGACAGCCACUCCGGCCGCUUCCACUUCUCCGCCGCUGAUCCUGGCCAGCACAAGAUCUGCUUCACGCCUGAUACUGAUGCUACCUCCGGCUGGCUGUCUAACUCUUUGGGUGCCGUCAGGCUCACCGUUGAUAUUGCCAUUGGCGAGACCAGCAAGAUUGAGACCGAGGACAAGGAUAAAAUCAAGGAUAUUGUGCAGCGAGUCAAGGAUCUGAACAGCCGGUUGCACGAUAUUCGCCGCGAACAGGUGUACCAGCGGGAACGUGAAUCUGAAUUCCGUGACCAGUCAGAGACCACCAACUCUCGCGUCGUGCGCUGGACUCUUAUUCAGCUCGCCGUUCUGUCUGCUGCAUGUGCCUGGCAGCUCUCGCACCUCCGGUCAUUCUUCAUCAAGCAGAAGUUGACCUAG